UUUUUCUAUUGAGUUAGUAAACAAAAUUAAAGGAAUUUUCACCCCAUCCAGUACGGUUCGUUCAAUUUCCAUUGCGUACGGUUGCAGUAGUUUAGUUUCUGAGAUGGAUGAAACAAAAUGGAGGUGGGUUUAGAGUGCUUCAUCUUGCGAGCCCAUUUCUUUGGUUUCUACCUGAAGUUCAGAGUGCUGACAGGAAAGUUCCCUUCAGAGAGAAGGUCGUAUACGCUGUGAUCUCUCUUUUCAUUUUCUUAGUUUGUAGCCAACUCCCACUGUAGGGCAUACAUUCUACAACUGGUGCAGAUCCAUUCUAUUGGAUGCAUCUUAUUUUUGCAUCUAAUCGUGGGACUGUUAUGGAGCUUGGAAUCACUCCCAUUGUGACAUCUGGAUUAGUGAUGCAACUCCUUGCUGGUUCAAAGAUUAUUGAAGUGGACAACAAUGUUUCUGAAGAUAUUGCCCUGUUGUAAGUAUCUUUUUAGGGUAAAUUUUGUUUUGAUUUCUUGCAUUAUUCAAGUAAUUAUAGUCAGAGACUGAAGAUUAAUUACUUUUUUAUUGCAAGUUUCUGUUUUUCAAUAUUGGAUGGUAUUAUGAGUUCCUUUAGAGUUUUAGUUUUAUGGUUUUUAGUGAUUAUAGCUUUAGAAGUGAUGCUUUUGGUGUGCAUUAUGUGCAGUAAUUAUGCAUGUUUACACAUUUCUUUAUUGCUAGGCAAUAGAGUGGCUUGUAUAUUUUUUUAAGCUGCAACUGCUUCUUUGGUUUCCAUGAUGUAUAUUGUAUAUAGGGUGAAUCAUUUUUUUUUUUUUCUAAAAUGGUGCACAAAAGUUGUUAGGCAUCUUGAUCGCCAUUGGCGAAGCAGUUGCCUCUGUUCUCUCAGGGAUGCACAGCAUUGUCAGCCAGCUUGGAGUAGGAAAUGCCAUGCUUAUCAUCCUUCAGCUUUGCUUUGCUGGUAUCAUUGUUAUGUGUCUGGAUGAACUUCUUCAGAAAGGAUAUGGUCUGGCUCUGGAAUUUCCCUUUUCAUAGCAACCAAUAUCUGUGAAAACACAAUCUGGAAGGCAUUUAACCCCACAACUGUCAACAGCAACAGAGGUGCUGAAUUUGAAGGAUCUGUUAUUGCUUUAUUCCAUAUGCUUUUUACUUGAGAAAACAAGAUUUGUGGUCUCCAAGAAGCCUUUUAUGGGCAGAAUCUUCCAAAGGUGACAAAUCUGCUUGCUACAGUCUUGGUUUUCCUGAUUGUUUUCUACUUCCAAGGUUUCCGUGUGGUUUUGCCUGUGAGGUCAAAGAAUGUCCGUGGGCAGCAGGGCUCAUAUCCUAUCAAGCUGUUCUACACUUCUAACAUGCACAUCAUUCUCCAUUCUGCUCUUGUUUCCAACCUCUACAUGAUUUCUCAGUUGCUGUACAGGAGGUACGGUGGAAACAUUUUUGUGAAUCUCUUGGGCCAGUGGGAGGAAUCUGAAUAUUCAAAUGGUCAAUCCAUUCUUGUUGUGGCCUUGCAUAUUACAUCACUGCUCCAUCAAGAUAUGGCGGCCCAUCCUUUUCAUGCACUGUUCUAUCUUGUGUUUAUGCUGUCUGCCUGUGCAUUGUUCUCUAAAACUUGGAUUGAAGUUUUGGGGUCAUCUGCUAGAGAUGUUGACAAGCAGCUCAGGCUGAACGGUACCAGGCGUUGGUUAGCAAUUGGUAGACCAUUUUUGAUUUAGCUGUUACGCAGGAACAACAAAUGGUAAUGCCCGGCAGAGCUGAGCCGUUACGUACCCACUGUAGCUGCAUUGGGAGGCAUGUGCAUUGGUGCAGUUACAGUAUUGGCAGAUUGAUUGCAUGGGAGAAUAUAUGCAUAGAGGGUUCUCACAAUCUGUUUGAUGAAAAUGAAAGGAAGAGAAUAUAUGCAGGGAUGAGCGUUUGAAGCCCAAAAUCUCCAUUGUUUUCUUUUUCCCAUAUCCAUCAUUGUAAAUUUGAUCUUAUGGAAAAAGGCUGCCAUCAUAUCAAAUUUCAACAGGCAAAACAAAGUCAAACAGCUCUCAAAUUGCCAUUGGAUUCCAUGUCAUUAGUGGCUGCACAUUUAAGUGGCAACAGAGAAAGCAGAAAAAGAAAAAAGCUGGGGAAAUCUAAAAAUAUCUGAAUCAUUAAAUCAGGCCUUUGUUAGUCUGGAGGGCAUAUUGUUCUUCAAAACUGUUGCUUGAGUCUUGAAAGCCUUCUGAAAAGUAGCCUAGAGUUGACAGAUCCCGGCCAGUGAAUAUGGGAAUAUUGCUAGUAUUAUAAUAUCAACUUUGAAUGAAAUUUCUGGCUUCAGCUUUCUGCACAA